UGCUGCUGUCGGGUAUAAGCUGGCUGUGGUGAGCAUAUACCACGGCCACUCCUCUGACUCACGCUCACACACAUAGAGGCAGGUGUGUGUGGCCAGCAGUGCACAUACCUCAGCAGCAGGUCGGACAGAUUGUAAAAUAUUUGGAUUCAUUUUUAUUUUUAAUACAUUUUUUUAUAAACAAAACACCGCCAUUAUGUUGUGGACUGCGAGUCAAGUCUUAAGGAAAUUCUCCACCUCGUCCCAUUAUUACCAGAACAAACUCAAGCUAGCUAUAAUCGGCCAGAGCCUGUUCGGACAGGAGGUGUACAGCAACCUGAGGAAGCAGGGUCACAAGGUGGUGGGCGUGUUCACAGUCCCUGACAAGGAUGGCAAGGCUGACCCCCUGGCGGUGGCGGCGGAGAAGGACGGGACACCUGUGUUCAAGUUCCCACGGUGGCGGGUCAAGGGGAAGCCCAUCCCGGAGGUGGUGGACGCCUACAAGGCGGUGGGCGCCGAGCUCAACGUCAUGCCCUUCUGCUCUCAGUUCAUCCCCAUGAACAUCAUCGACCAGCCCAAGCACGGCUCCAUCAUCUACCACCCCUCCAUCCUGCCGCUGCACAGAGGAGCCUCUGCCAUCAACUGGACCCUGAUCCACGGUGAUAAGAAAGCUGGCUUCACAGUGUUCUGGGCUGAUGAUGGACUGGACACCGGACCGAUCCUGCUGCAGAGGGAGUGUGCUGUCGAGCCGAACGACACCGUGGACACGCUGUACAACCGCUUCCUCUUCCCAGAGGGCAUCAAGGCUAUGGUGGAGUCGGUGCAGCUCAUCGCUGAUGGUAAGGCCCCUCGAGUUCCCCAGUCAGAGGAAGGAGCGAGCUAUGAGGGCAUUCAGAAGAAAUCCAACGCCAAGAUCAACCUGGCCCAGCCAGCUGAGGCCAUCCACAACUGGAUCCGCGGCCAUGACAAAGUCCCCGGUGCCUGGACUGUCAUUGAUGGUCAGACUGUGACCCUGUAUGGCUCGUCCAUGUUGGGGGGGUCAGUACCAGCCGGUCAGCCCCUGGAGGUGGAGGGCGCUUCGCAGCCUGGCCUAGUCACCAAGAACGGGCUGGUCCUGUAUGGAACUGAUGGGAAGCCUCUGCUGGUAAAGAACCUGCAGUUUGAAGAUGGGAAGAUGAUCCCUGCUUCCAAAUACUUCUCCUCUGGGGAGAGCUCCAGCGUGGAGCUGACUGAUGAUGAGAAGAAGAUGGCAUCGGAGAUCAGGAACAUCUGGAAGAGCAUCCUCAGCAACGUCCCAGCUAUCGAGGACACCACAGACUUCUUCAAAUCUGGAGCCGCCUCUAUGGAUGUGGUCAGGCUGGUGGAGGAGGUGAAGCAGAAGUGUGCCGGGGUCCAGCUGCAGACUGAGGACGUGUACAUGGCUACCACCUUCCAGGACUUCAUCCAGAUGUUCGUGCGCAAGCUGAGAGGAGAGGACCAGGAGGAGGAGUUGGUCAUCGACUAUGCAACCAAAGACGUGAACAACAUGACAGUGAAAAUGCCAUACCAAUGUUUCAUCAACGGCCAGUUUGAGGAUGCAGAAAACGGCAAGAGCUACCAAACCAUCAACCCCACUGAUGGAUCAGUGAUCUGUAAGGUGUCCUACGCCUCAGUCGGGGACGUGGACCGAGCGGUGGAAGCUGCCAAAGAGGCGUAUGAUAACGGACCCUGGGGCAGGAUGAACCCUAGAGACAGAGGAAGUCUGCUUUACAAGCUUGCAGACCUGAUGGAGGAACACCAGGAGGAGCUGGCCACCAUCGAGUCCAUCGACUCGGGGGCUGUGUACACGCUGGCCCUGAAGACGCACGUAGGCAUGUCCAUCCAGACCUUCAGAUACUUUGCCGGCUGGUGUGACAAGAUCCAGGGCAAGACAAUCCCCAUCAACCAAGCCCGGCCCAACCGCAACCUGACCUUCACCAAGAGAGAACCUCUGGGUGUGUGUGCCAUAGUCAUUCCAUGGAACUACCCUCUCAUGAUGUUGGCGUGGAAGAGCGCAGCCUGCCUCGCAGCUGGAAACACACUUGUUCUUAAACCCGCACAGGUCACUCCAUUGACGGCGCUGAAGUUUGCUGAGCUGUCAGUGAAAGCUGGCAUUCCAAAAGGAGUUAUAAACAUUUUGCCGGGCUCAGGUGGCAUGGUGGGACAGCGUUUGUCCGACCACCCAGACAUCCGCAAGCUGGGCUUCACUGGCUCCACACCUAUCGGCAAACAGAUCAUGAAGAGCUGUGCAGUCAGUAACCUGAAGAAGGUUUCUCUGGAGCUGGGAGGGAAGUCACCUCUCAUCAUCUUCAGUGACUGCGACAUGGACAAGGCUGUUCGCAUGGGCAUGAGCUCUGUGUAUUUCAACAAAGGUGAGAACUGCAUUGCUGCUGGACGUCUGUUUGUGGAGGAGUCCAUUCAUGAUGAGUACAUCAGCCGAGUGGUGGAAGAGAUCAAGAAGAUGAAAAUUGGAGACCCACUGGAUCGCUCCACAGACCACGGCCCACAGAAUCACAAAGCCCACCUGGACAAGCUGCUGGAGUACUGUGAGGUUGGAAUAAAGGAGGGUGCUACGCUGGUGUACGGAGGCAAACAGGUGGACAGGCCAGGUUAUUUCAUGGAGCCCACUGUGUUCACUGAUGUGGAGGACCACAUGUUCAUCGCCAAAGAGGAGUCCUUCGGCCCCGUCAUGGUGGUGUCCAAAUUCAAAAAUGGUGAUGUGGAAGGCGUGCUGCACAGAGCCAAUGACACAGAGUACGGCCUGGCCUCGGGCGUGUUCACCCGCGACAUCAACAAGGCCAUGUACGUGAGCGAGCGGCUGGAGGCUGGAACCGUAUUCAUCAACACCUACAAUAAGACCGACGUGGCCUCACCUUUCGGAGGCUUCAAACAGUCCGGCUUCGGCAAAGACCUCGGAGAAGACGCUCUCAUGGAAUACCUCAAGACCAAAGCGGUGACUGUGGAGUACUGAGGUUCUCCUAACGAACUCUGACCCACAUCUGAAUAGGAAGGGACUUGUCUGUCCGCUUCAGUCAGACGUCCAGCGUCAUUCAGCAUUGCUUCUGGACAGUGUGUGUAUGAGUGUGUGUACUGUACGAAUGAGAGGAGAGCUCUGUUGCUCGUCUCAGUGUGGACAACGUGCCCGUCUUUUCUUGGCUUUCUGCGUGAAAAUUCACAUCACGGACAAGAGACAGCUCCCGAAUUGGACUCCCGAGCAGGGUCUGACUGUAUUUUUAGUAAGGUUUCAGUUCCAUCAAAGUGUGUUUUAUGUUAAAACACACUCACCAUUUUCAACCUAAAACCUGUUUACCCGUCAUUCAGCAAUCAUGUCAAUCAAUUCUGUUCAAAAUUUGAAAAUCAUUUCGUCAUGCCUUUCUCAUUCAUUUGUAAUGCUGCCUUCACCAUUCCUUCAAUACCUCUUUGUUUACUCUGUGGCAGCUUCUGCGCUGUUAUAUAUCGUACUAGAAACUAGACAACGCUUCGUUUAUGGAUUUAUGGAUUUAUAGAUAAACUCGUGUGUACAUGAAUGUGAAUGUUGAAGCUUAUGUUUGAGUUUUAGAGUAGCCAGUGCCCUGCCUGACAGGACUUAACUGGAGAGCUGCAUCUGGUUAGCAAACAGAAUAUAACUCGAUAGUAAAGUCAAUUGACCCUUGUUGUUCUGUGCUCCAAUAACAGUGGAGCAAGCCUCGGCCAAGUUUCUCCUUAUAUGUACUUACAGUAGAUACGCUAUGCUAGGCUAUGUGCAACAAAGUACAGGAAAGGAGAAAGUUGACAAGAGUUUUGACUUUGGCUUGCGCAACUUUUAUUGGAGCACAGAUCAAAAAGGGGGCGGGACUUAGGAAGGGUCAAUUGGUCAGAACGAAUCAUCGGCAUGAUGGGAAAACAGGAUUCAGGUGGAAAAGUCUUUGAAAAGAGUUGCAUUUGAUCCACAUAAAAUCAGUUUGAGAAAAUAAUCUUAACUCAAGGCGUACUUAACAGUGUUUUUUUUUAAACUUUCAACCACAUAUCACAGGUUUCCCCGGCAGAUGACGUGUGAUGCGGUCAAAAGUUGGGGAAAAAAGAAAGAACGUCAACCUUGAGUUGACGAGUAGGCUGAAAACCAGUGUUUCUCUGCCCCCUCUGUCUGAAAGUUCCAACUCUGUUUCAUAAUCACGUUCUGGGCGUAAACAGAAGUGUGUACCUGCUCCUUUACCCACACCCUACAGUGAUGUCACAGUGUACUGACACACACUGGAGUACACUUUGACAUCAAUUCAGCAAAGGGAUAAGUUAAACCACAUGAGGUGAGCAGCAAAAAAAGGGCAGGACUUUUUCCUCUAUAAUAUUUUAUCAGACAACUAUUUUGAAGGUCAAACAUUAACUUUCAUGCUUACAUGAAAAUUGGUUGCAGGGAAAGAAGGGACAGUUUUAUUCUUAUUGAUUAAAGUCUUAAUGAGGACUGACUUUACGACAGCCAAAUGCAGUUGGUAAAGAACCUUACUUUAGAGUGAUUUCCUACUUGUAGGUAGACUGGACUUUUAUUUCCGUACACUAUACAAAUCAUCUUUCAGACACAUUAAACAGAGUCACUUUUAUAUUUUAUUUUUAAAUUAUAAUUAUUUUGUGAACACAACUAUGACAACUAUUGUUUGAGAUUCAGCUGCUUCAUAGCAUCACAUUCACAAGCUAUGUGGUAAGGAAGUCCACGAAUGACGACCAUUUUGCAAUGUUUCAGUUCAGUUGUUUCUCAUAUAAUAAUGGUUACUAGACAGCUGGCCCUCAAAUCUCAGAUGUCAGAGCAUGUUUCAGUGUUACAACAAAGCACUUACUGCUCAAAGCUUAGCACUACCACAUAAUGCCAGUGUAACUUUGACAGACUAUAGUAAAAUAAAUAGUUAAUGUGAUUGAUUAAAUGUCUCAGGCUUGUUUCAGAUUUCUGUUAUAAAGGGUUCACCUUCAUUUCUGUUCUGAACUGGGUCCGAAUUCGAUGGGUUUUGACAGGGAUCUGAAAGUAGCUUUUUCAAACACACAAAUACACCCAUGGUUGAAAAACACUAACAGUAUUUAAUUGUUACCAAGUCAGACUAUGUUGAGCCAUUUUUAUUUUAUCUCCAGCAUACAAACUGUUGUUUACAUCAUGUCCUUGAAGCUGUCUGUUCCCAAUAACUGUAGACAUUCGCUCUCUUUGUUAAAUUGGACAUUUUUGUAAAUAUUUUUUAACAAAAGAGAGAAAAAGGACUAUUUGAUAUAUUUUUGUCAGACAGAGGAAGACUAUGUUAUAACACUAUAUUGUAUUCGGUAAAGACACACCAGCUAAAUGUUUUUAUGCAUUUCUCAACCAUUGUGGAAAAGGUGAGAGCUGCCCCUCAAUGAACUAAAUGUCUUCAGCUAGUAAUGUCAUACAAUGGAAAAUAAACUUUGAUUUGAACUGAA